AUGGUUCUGCAAAUGACUGAAAAACAACUGUCAGACCAUGUCGAGACGGGUUGGUCUCCAGUCGAGCCCGAGCCUCAAGGGAGCGGCGGAAAUGUGCCUGCUGGCCACAUCCCCGUGACAAAUGAAGAGAAAGCAUUGAAUCGAGCGUUAAACUACAAGAUCGACACAAUCCUUCUUCCAUUUUUAUCUCUGAUAUACGUUUUUAACAGUUUGGAUCGAGGUAACGUUGGAAAUGCCGAAACGCAAGGCUUUACCAAGGACAUUGGAGCUCAGCCAGACGACCUCAACCUGGCAGUCAGCUUGUUCUUCAUCACCUUUGUGCUGUUCCAACCUCCCUCCGCCGCCGUCGGAAGGUACCUGGGAGCGAAGAACUGGGUACCGAUCAUUAUGUUUUGCUGGGGCAUCCUCACCAUUUGCCAGGCUUUUAUCAAGGGACGAGCUACGCUGAUUGCGACACGACUACUCAUUGGCCUUUUUGAGGCAGGAUUUUAUCCUUGCUGUGUUUUCUACUUGUCGACGUUCUAUACCCGUUUCGACCUCGCCGUCCGCCUUGGACUCUUCUACGGACAAUAUGCUGUCGCUGGUGCCUUCUCCGGUUGCAUUGCGUACGGAAUUUUCCACAUCAAGACCGGCUCGCUCAAGAACUGGCAAUACCUCUUCAUCAUCGAAGGUGGUGCUACAUGUCUCAUUGCCAUCGUUGCAUGGUUUUGGAUGCCCCUCGGACCGGGAAGUGCGUGGUUUCUCAAAGACAAGGAUCGGGCAUACGCGGUGGAGCGUAUCCGUCUGGACAACGCCAUGUAUUCGCAACAUACCUACGGCGACAGCGGUGUCGAGAAGGAGAGGUUGACGAGGCGCGAUGUGGUUGAGACGGCAAAGGACUGGAAGCUUUGGUAUGUGCUGUUCUUCAACAUCCUAGCUAGCGUACCCGGGCAGGCAUUCUCCGUAUUUCUCCCUCUUGUUGUUGCUGGGCUGGGAUAUUCCUCCAUUGAGGCGAACUUGAUGUCUGUGCCGCCAUAUCUUUGUGGAGCAGUCGGGUUGUACAUUUUCGCCGUCAGUUCGGAUCGCAGGAAGGAACGCGGCUAUCACAUAUUUGUCGGUCUCUUGAUCACCCUCGUCGGGCUCAUCAUCACGGUGACUGUCGAGCGACACGGCGGCAAGUAUGCUGGCUUGUGCAUCUUGCUGUUUGGCAGUUAUAUCUCGGCACCAUUGACCGUGGCCUGGCUGAGCGGCAACACUCCUGAACCCGGGAAGAGAGCACUCGUCCUGGGCGUCAAUGGAUUUGGAAAUCUGUCCGGGGUCAUCGGGGCACAAAUCUUCCGGGCAUCCUAUGCGCCAAAGUACCUGGUGCCGUUUUAUAUAACACUGGCAUUCAUCGCCGUCGCGCUGGCCGGAUACCUUUCAUACCGUUUCACGUUGGCAGCGGUGAACAGGCGAAGGCAGGCUAAAGUGGCAGCCAUGACCCCCGAGGAGUUCGAAGACGAGAAGACCACACCUCUGAGAUAUGCGGACAAGAAGUAUACCUUUAUCUACGGCCUGUGA